AAUUGAAUAAUUGACAUCGAUAAGCUCUAGGGCUUGCUUUCUCAGAGGAAAGACGAUCGAUCGACCGACCGACGAUCCCUCGCGAGAGCAUAAAAAAGGGGGUCCGAUUUACUCCUCGCAGCCUCCUCUUAACCGCAAAUUACUGUGCCAGCAACUUACGUCGAAACAUACUCAACGUACUGGCGGUCAGAGAGGGAGAACGCACCGAUAAAACUACAUUCGCGCUCUCUCGUCGCUCAGUGCUACUCCCGGUGGUACGGUGUGCAUAUGCUGAUACGCAUCGCGCAGUGACGUCAAACGAAAUCAACGCGCUCCUGUCGUCCCGUCGCAUGACACAGCGCGCAGAAGCGGCGAAAGAGGAAGUGAGAAAGAGUAAGAGUAUACAAGAACGGCGACGACGCGCAGGGGAAGUGGUGAAGGAGAAAGAUAGAAGAUAAUACGAGGCAGCGCAAAGAGAGAGAGAGAGAGAGAGAGAACGGGAGGGAAAGAGAAAAUGCUUCGGGAGCAAGAAGAAAAGGAAGGUGGCCGAGCGGCCAAUCGUGUCUCGGGCACUUACGUACGGGCAUAGGGCGUAGGUGUAGGUCUCGCACUCGUCAUCGAGGUCGACGGUGAGUUUGACAGCACGCUCGAUGGAGGUUAUGUUCGUCCACGAUCCACGAUAGAAGAGAGUGCUGGAACAAUAUAAUAAACCGCGUGUGAGAUCGAGUAAAGCUUCCUUUCGCGCGUGUAUCGUGACAAGUGUGGUAUCCAAGCGUCUUCCAUUAAACGGAGUAAAUAAUGUCAAGUAGCGUGUGCCACGCGCCCCUACCAGCCCGAAUGGAAGCGUUCACCACGAGGCUCUGCCUGCGUGCGGUCGACCAGUAUGAGCGGCUUCUUCAGACGCAUUUCAACAAGACCUCUCUGGUUGCAGCCCUCGAGCAAGGAACAAACCCGAUUGAGCAAUCAUGAUUCGACGGAGGGCAAGGAUCAUCGUCGGCAGAAGGAUGGGUCCAGCAGCAGCAGCAGCAGCACCUACAACCCUUUACGUCAAUGGCGAAUGCAACGAAGCACCUCGAUGGGUUUCCACAACAGCCGCUCCAACAGUGCCGGCUCCAGAUCGUCCCACUCGCUGUCCAAAGUGCCCAAUGACACGGCCACCAUCCGGAAGAUGGAACAAUUCCCCCUGGUCCUGUCCGACGCGACGAUGCCGGACGAUGCCGAUCUUUCCCUGAAAUUUCUUGCUCUGAAUGCUCUAGAUCUGACCGCGCCGGCGAGCGAUGUGUUGCUGAAGAAUCGAUUAAAGUCCUGGUUUCAAUUGUCGGGCCAUCCGGAUGGUUUCGCGCCCGCUGGUCCUGGCACUGUCUGGAAAAGGAAAACAGGCGGUGCUGAAAACACAGAGCGCAUCGUUUAUGAGACCCUAAGCAAGGAAGAAGCGUUACGGGAUUGCAUACCGAGAUAUUACCGGGAGGUCGAGUACAAGGGUGAUACGUUCAUCGAGUUACAGAAUUUGCUGUUCGGUUUCAAUGAUCCCCAUGUAAUGGACAUCAAGAUGGGCACGCGGACUUUCCUUGAGUCCGAAGUGUCCAAGACCACCGCUAGGCCGGAUCUCUAUCAGAAGAUGAUAGCCGUCGAUCCGAACGCGCCGACUCCAUUGGAGCACGAGCAGCGCGCCGUAACCAAGUUACGGUACAUGCAAUUCCGCGAGCAACAGAGCUCGACCUGCAGCCACGGUUUUCGCAUCGAGGCGAUGAAAUUGCCGGGUGCGCCGCCGAUCACUAAUCUCAAAAAGGUCAAAUCGCACUCGGAGGUUCUCGACAUCAUAAGGCAGUUCCUUGGUAAACGCGAGGAUACCCGUCAGAAAAUCCUUGCACGCCUCAAAAAUUUGCGAACCAAGAUCGAGGAGUCCGAAUAUUUUAAAACCCACGAGGUAAUCGGCAGUAGUAUCUUCAUGAUCUAUGAUAACGACAAGGUGGGCGUUUGGCUAAUAGAUUUCGCGAAAACACGCGAAGUACCGGACGGACGAAAGCUUACGCAUAGGCGUCCUUGGGAAGAAGGCAAUCACGAAGAGGGUUUUCUAUUUGGAUUGGAUAAUUUAAUUUCGGCCAUAGAAGAAGUUAACCUUUCUUCAAAUACUAAAUAAAUUGCAUGGCAGAAUUCACAGACAUUUUUAUGCACUAUAAAACAAAUUUUCUGUGUGUAUAACGAGCAAAAAAAGUAUUCAUAUUUCAUCAUGUCUUUUUGUCUAUCUAAAUAAUCUCCAAUUCGAUAACAUCGAUGGCAUCAGAAAAGAAGAAUAUGUUAUAGUAAGACAUUUUGAUAAUCUAAAAAUGAUGUACCAGUACUUGUUUUACUCAUCUUCUGAUCCUGUCAUAAGUUUCCGACGUGUUUGUUAUUUAUGUCAUCGAUAAGUAUGUAUAUUGGUAUUUUAACACAAAAGACUGCUUUCUAUUGCAUUUUGCGCGCAUUUUUGUAAGAGAUAUAUCUUGAAACGAAAUCCGCAACGCAUUACUCUGUGUACAAACGUGUAAUGUACAAAAGUAGCUUUUAAGAUAGCGAUAAGUAAUCCUAAUGCGUGUAAACUAAACAAAACUUAUUUAUGAGGAGUGCUUAUAUACGUUAUACGAAUAAUAAUAAUAAUACGUUCUUAUUUUUUUUAAAGAGUAUUCGUCGUGUCCUCGAUCGCUUCGUGUUUGAAUUUGUAAUAAGGAAUAAAUCUUCAUAUAUACAUUUA